UUAAUAUUUGAAAAAUAUUUUUAAAAUAAUGGAGAAUUUGACAAGCAGCAACCUUGAAAACUAUGACUUCAAGUCUAAGUUGGGAGAAGGUACAUAUGGAGUCGUCUACAAGGCUCUGGAUAAAACUACCGGGGAGUAUGUAGCUCUAAAGAAAAUUAAAUUGGAGAAGGAAGAGGACGGAGUGCCAAGUACUGCUAUCCGGGAAAUUUCACUUUUGAAAGGUCUCAGUCAUCCCAAUGUAGUUGAACUCAAAGAAGUUUUAUAUACUAUCGACUGUUUAUACCUAGUCUUUGAGUAUGUUGAAUAUGACCUAAAGAAGUACUUAAGGUCUCUCAAAACCCCACCUUCAGCUGCAAGUGUGAAGAAAAUGGUAUUCCAAAUUAUUCAAGCAAUUGAUUACUGACAUGCUCAUCGAGUAAUGCACCGGGAUCUCAAACCCCAAAACAUUCUUGUCGAUGAAGAAGGAAAUAUCAAGCUGGCUGAUUUUGGGCUUGCCAGAGCUUUUGGAAUUCCAAUUAAAACACUGACUCAUGAGGUUGUGACGCUAUGGUACAGAGCCCCAGAAAUUCUUCUUUGCCAGAGAGCAUACUCAACUCCAGUUGAUUCCUGGUCCAUUGGAUGAAUAUUUGCCGAGCUCGCUCAGAGAAGACCUUUAUUCAUGGGAGACUCAGAAAUUGAUCAGAUAUUCAAGAUCUUCAGAGUUCUUGGAACUCCAAAUGAAGGUCACUGGCCAGAUGCAUUGAAGCUAAAAGACUUCAAACCCACUUUUCCUAAAUGGAAACCACAACCGUUAACAAGUCAUGUGUCAAAGCUUGACACCCUUGGAAUGGACUUACUGGCCUCCCUAGUUGCCUUAGAUCCUGCCAAAAGAAUAUCAUGCAGGAUGGCUUUGCAGCACCCAUAUUUCGAUGAUCUUGAGAAGCCGGAUUCUAUGAGCUAAACUCUGUCUAGGUAAAUUG